GUGUAGUUCUACGUAUAUGGCACACGAAAUCUCGUAAACUUAUUAGCUAAUUCAAGUUUGUUCGAAUUAAAAGUUAAAAGAAUCUUUAUCCAAGUGGUGUUGAUAGUUAAAAAAUUUCUCAAUGAAAAUCCUUUGACCCUUAGUGAAUGAAAAUUUAGGAAAAUUGUGCCAAAAAUGUUAUAUUUUAAAGUUAUUACAUAAAUGAAGUGUUAAAGAGAGUAGAGCUUUACUAAUAAUAGCAAAUUUAGUAUGAUAUCUUGACCUUCGUUUUAUAAAUUGCAUACAAAACCUUAGUCAAAUCCAAGGGCCUUGAAGAUGAGGAUGUUUCUGAGGAAAUUAAAACUUGUGACCUCGCAGUAUCCUAUUUUGCGGGGGAUGAUUGCAUACAGUGUCAUUUGGCCAACAAGUUCGAUUAUUCAGCAAACAAUUGCAGGAAAAAGAUGGGAUACGUAUGACUACAAGAAGUGCUUAACAUUCUCAGUCUAUGGCUCCUUAUUUGUGGCUCCAACUCUUUAUAUGUGGGUACGAUUCUCAUCAAGACUGUGGCCAGCAACGAAUUUAAAGUCAGGAAUUAAGAAAGCCCUUAUUGAGCAAGUUACCUACGGUCCAUCCGCUAUGGUGAGCUUCUUCUUCUUCAUGCCACUCCUGGAGGGACGUACAGUUAAUCAAGCAAUGGAAGAAGUUUAUGUAAAAGUACCCCAAGCAUGGAGAGUUGCCAUCUGCUAUUGGCCAAUAUUUCAAACAAUAAAUUUCGCUUAUAUCCCAGAGCGAAAUAGAGUUCCAUUUGUUGCUUUUGGUAGUCUCAUCUGGACAAUCUUUCUUGCCUACAUGAAUCAGUAUGAAACGGAGAAACUCAAAGAGAAAAAGCGCGCCAAAGAGAGGCUAAAGCAGAAAACGCAAGAAAAUCAACAGGUUACAUAAAUUUCAUGAUGUGAUUAAUUUAAAAAGAAAAAUUCUUGUAAUGUGGUGUAAAUAAAAAUUUUAGGGGAUUUUAAGAAGAAAAAUCCUUUAUGAAAAAAAAAAUUUCAAAGAAGUGAUAAAUUUUUCCUUUAAAGUUCUUCUACGUUGGAUAAUUAUUUGCGCAUAAGCGAUACAAUCUUUUAUUGUAAACUUAUUUAUAUAAUGAGAUCAUUAGACAUCGUUAUACACAAGGUAAAGAAUUACAGAUAAAAUUCAUUCGUAUGAUAA